ACUCUGCACUUGCAAUAUCAGAGGGAGUCAGAUAACCAGAUCCCGACAAAGAAACUCUCAAUGGUCGUGCUCUGUCUUGUAGUACCAUCGUGUAUUGCGGCGGGCCUCAACACCGGCUACAUCCUGGAGAGGGAUAAAUAGCUAUGCACAAGUCAUUCAUGAUUUCAUCUCGGCUCUCUGUCUCUCAGUCUUGCCUUGCGUUCCGAUUCUCCCUUCCACGUGCGGGCAUGAUCUGGGCGUCCGCGCCUUCCUCUCUUGUUCAGUUUCACUCUAUCACACCCUCACCGAGCACGGCCUUUGGCGUCUUCUUCGUGUCAAGCCGGCGCGUCACCCCAGCUUCCUCACCCUCGAACUUUCUUUCCCACCUCGAGUCGUAGGCGCCCUUAGCUUCCAUCGCCGGCAUCAUGGCCAUCAUCCCGGAUGUUCCAUACGUUUCGGUCGAUAUCGUCGUUGAUGGACGCGCACUUCCUGAAUACCUGGAUGAGGACGACCAUGAAUCAUUGUCUUCCAACAGUACCAUCAAAUAUGUCGAAUGUGUCUCUGGUUCGAAGUUCGGCAUACGCACUAACAUCACUGGUAUGGAGCCCUGGGAUCUUGAGGGCGGCGACAUUGUCUUGGAGGACUACUUCCUUGAUGGCAAAUGGGUCGAUGGCGCUGUCAAAUCUUUCCCGUUGAACAGACAUCAUGCUAUAUCAGUGCGUCAUGCAGCUCGACACCGGGAGGGCGGAACGUGGAAGGAGCGUGACUUCAUGUUCGCCGACCUCGUAACCACCGAAGAUGCGAUCAGCAAAACUCUGAAGCCUGACCUCAAGGACCUGGGUACUAUCACAGUCAAGCUUUACUAUGCCGAAUUGCUCGAGAAAAGACAAAAGACACAACACAACCACCAGAGAGUCAAGUUUGGCCACGAAAAUCUACAUGAAAAACAUCUCAAAGGCCAAGCAAUGUCAUAUCAAGCCAAGCUGGGAGAAGCAGUUCCCAUCCAAGGCCCUGCGACCGUCAGCGCCCGCCGUCUUGGUGAAGCGUUUGCAGUGUUCACCUUCCGUUACCGUUCGCGCAGAGACCUACAAACCAUGUACCUCAUCCCCAGAAGUGCAAGUCCAGUUCCUCUGGAGGAUCGUCCAGAAGAGUCCCUCAACAGAGAAGAGCUUCUCGAGCUCCUGCGAAGACAGAAGGCUCGCCAGGAUGAGCAAGCGGCGAUCAAGAAAGAGCUCAAGCGUGAACGCACUGAGGUCGAUGACAGCGAUGAUGACCUGAUGAUAAUAUCCUCUCGCCGACCCGCCAAAUCGUUCAAGUCUUCAACCAAUGUGGACACAGGCAUAGAGACCAUUGACCUGACUGAUGGUUGAUGGGGUUGAUUGAACGAGGAAUUGGCUGUAUUGUGCUUUUACAGCCCCCGACACUGUCGCAGACAUUAUCGCUGAAGUUCGCUCUGCCAGCAUGGAGAGCGCGAGAUACCUUCUCACAGCAUGAUACCCACAAUAGCAAUACGACUAAAUAGCUGAUGAAUUACGAACAAGACUGCAUACCU